AUGAAGUCUAUUUUAUUAUUUUUCUUAAUUGUUACAUUUAUUUGCCUUGAAAAUACUGUUAUUUCAGUUAACUUUGAAGAUUCAUUAAAACUUAACUUUUUAUAUGCUCGUUUAAAACAAAAAAUGGAAAUGAUUGAUAAAAAUAUGAAACUAAACAAAGUAAAAAAAGAUGAUAAUUUUAAUCUUCAAAUGUUAUCAAAAGCUGCUACUACUAUUCCACCAAAACCUCCAGCAAAUUUAAGAAGUUCUUCAUACAUCUUAAAUAAUAUAUUGAAAGCACCCUUAGGAUCUAGAUUACAAGUCUAA